AUGGAAGGGUUACAAAAAGAAAAGAAACAAAUUUCAUUUUAUAGUACUCGUGAUAACUUCGUUGGCAGUACCUAUUCAUCAUAUUCUGAAGAAGAAGAUUGUGAUAACGUUAAUUAUUACCAACAUCUGAACAAUAUUUCCAAGAAAUUCAUCGAAAUAGACUUUGAAAAUACUGAAUCAUCUAAUCUUCCUUCACUAACUGAUGCGGAUGUCGAUUUUAAAUACCAAAAUCGUCGAAAUUUUGAACAAAAAAUGAAUAUAUCCUCACACAUAGAAUGCAUAUUUGGAAUAUAUGCAGACAAAACAAAUAGUCAGACAGCAAAUCCUUUAAUUCCACAAAUAAUCAUGUGGAAAAACAUUCAUGAGCUUUCAGACGUUGAUUAUCGUAAUCAAUUAGUAGCCUAUAUACGAAGUGAGAUUAAAAAGAUUUCAAAAACACGCGAUAGUUUAAAUGUUGGUUUAUCUUUUAAAAAACUACAAGAGAGAUUUAACGUCAGACGUGAUGUUCCUGAUGGGCGCAUUCUUUUACAUUUCUUAGGCUAUAAUCAUCCAAAAAUUGAAGAAAACAAAUUUUAUUUGCCAAAUGAAAACAAACCAAUUCCAACAUCUCUAUUAUUCGAUGCUGUUCAAUGUCCAUCCAUAUUCAUGUUCGACUGCAAUAAUGCUGCCGUUGUUUUAAAAAGUUUGGAAAGUUAUGCAAAUUCUAAGCAGCAAGACCAAACAAGGCAACAAGUACCACAAAGGAAGCCAAUUGAUUGGACAGACUGGUUUGCUUUCUGUGUUACAGACAUUUCGGAAGAGAUUCCUGUUGAAUUACAUUUACCUCAUGAUUUCUUGACGAGUUGUGUAUUCACACCUGUCGAAAUAUCUUUAACAUGCCACAUACUCCAGAAUUUCCGUAAUUCCCAUGUCGGACCUUGUUUUCCUAUCGAUGAAACAAUUCAAAAAUUGUUAGACAAAAAACGUGACAAAAUUAUGAGAACUGUUUUAGCGAUUAGUGAUGCAAUAGCUGCGGCAUCUCUUCCUGAGGAAUUGUACGACAAACUCAUAAGAAAAGAUCCGCUUUUAAAAAGAAUUACAGAAGGUUUUUUGUUGAGUCAAUUUUUACUCAAAAAUUACCAAAUUCAUCCACAAAGCUAUCCAAUGAUCAAGGACUGCUCGAGCCAUAGAUUGUGGCAGAACUUGAAGUCUGAACUGAAUUCUGUAAUUUAUUCAUCAAUGUCACCUUUUCAGGAUUUACAAAUCACUUCAAUUUUCAAAAUGGCGAUUGACACUGUCAGAAACAACAAAUUUGCACAUUACAAGCCAGAAUACUACUCAUUAAUACUUAAUUCCAUUGGCACCGAGUACACUGUUGAAGCAUUCACCAUUUUGUCUGAAUUCGCAAGUUUCGAUGAAGAAAGAAGAAAAGUUUUGUCAAGAAAUGCCAAUUUUUCAGCGGUUUUUAACCUUACUUUGAAUACUGAUCCAUUUUCUCCAUCAUUUCAUUCUCUUUUGUAUUUAGUUUGUUGUUUAAUUGAAGAAGAACCAGCUUCUAUGUACGAAUUACCAAUGUCACAAGAUUUUGAAACAUUAAUUAAUUUGAUGUCAAAUGAAAAAUUGAAUUCUGAUACGAAAACAUUGAUUUGUGUUUUGUUGACGUCAUUGAGCUAUUCAAUGAACGCGAACAUACAAAGAUUCAUGACAAUAGAAAACGUGAGAGACCAAAUAAUCUUGAAUCUUAAUGAUAAACCAAGAUUUACAAGUUGGUUGUUACUUUUGGCGAAAAAAUUUUAUGAUACACCGAAUGUUUCCAAAAGAUCCUUUAUUUCUAAGGGAUAUCAUGCGAGAAUUGCCUUCUAUAUUCUCCACAAGAGUUAUGAAGUAAGAGCAGCUUUGUUCCCUCUUUUGGAAAGCUUUUUAGGUGUUGAUGAUUCUGUUGAUUGCCAAAUCUUUUUGAUGUUGAUGUUUUCGCUUUUCGAUUGCUCUCCUUUAGUAAGAUAUUCUUACGUGACAUUCCUCGAGAAGUUCAUUGAGUCAAAAAAGAAAAAUCUUCCAACGAGAGCAACUUUGAAAAUGUCGGAAAGUUACAACAAAAUUGCAGGCGAAUGGACAUUGAACAACAAAGAAAUUGAUAUGUCAAAGAUGAUCACAAACAGGGAGUUUAUGAUGAAUAUCAUUGAUAGAAUCGCAGAAAGUCCGGAAACAUUAAGGAAAUGCGUUGAAAUCGCUUUGUUUUCGAUAUCUUUGCUUGCUGAAGAUCCAAAUAAAUCUGUACAAGAGUUUGCAUUCGAUUUGGACAAGAAUUUAAACAGAUACACAGUGAAUGAAGACAUGUACACGUAUUCUAGUGUUUCACCAAGUGAUUCAGCAUUGGAAACACUCGAAAUCAAGUCAAGCUACAAUCCAUCAAUUUUCAAUUAUAAUGAUAGCUGUUCGGAUUUGUUGUACAGAAUAUUUUUGAGACAAGUCAUUGAAUCAAAAAUGUAUAAACCAUUGAAUUCUUCCUCUCAAAAUUCAAUGACAUGUUUACCACCAGCUCAUUUAAACUAUAUAGGAAAAACUACAGCUGUUAAGACUAACAACGGACUUGAUCUCAGUGAAUCUUAUCCAACAUCGAUUGUUUAUGACAAACAAAGUCGAGAAUAUUUAGUUUGCAACAAACUCGGCAAUGUUUUGUUCAAAAACAAGAAAAUCAAUGUGAAUAACUUGUCUUCAAUUGAAAUUGCUGACUGGCACGAACCAAUUGUCAUUGCAGGAACAUCAGAUGGAUGUGUGACAAUUUGGAAUCCGAAGAAUUAUAAUUAUACGGAUCGUUUUAGAGCUGAUUUGGUCAGAAGUAACCAAAACUUGGUUGUUUGUCCAUUCAAUUCCAAACCAAACUUGUUGACAAGUCGCGGAAUUGGUGGUGUAAUAAGAAUGUGGGAUAUCGAAGCAAUGAGAUUCGCUGGAGAAUGGGCUUUUGGUGGUGAUUCACCAGUUAAUUCUAUCUGUUUAUCACCAACUAAUUCGAAUUUGGCAGUUGUCUGUCAUCAACAAGAUUUAGUGCAAAUUGUUGAUAUAAGACAACCAGAGAAAGUCAAUUCUUUCUCAUUGGAUGGAACAAUACUUAGCGUCCACUCCAAUUUGUGCAAUAAUUGCGCGUAUUUGGCUGCAACAAGAGAAGGACAGAUUUUCAAAUUUAAUGAAAGUUCGAACUGCAAUUGCAUAAUGGACAUGCAGUCGGAAAUACUCAGUUUUACUGCUUCACAAACUACUCCUAUCAUUGCAGUUGCAUGUUCUGGAAUGCAGGGAGUUGUUGCGAAUUUGGAAGGCAAUGUAAUGCAUAAUCUGCCUGAAAUAGCAAAUUGUUGCGCUGCUCAUCAGAAUUUACCUCUUAUUUCCUUUGGAACACAAGAUGGUUGUAUCGUUGAAUAUCAAAUUAGUAUGUCAUAG